CAUGAACCAAAUCAAUGUGCAACCUCAUGGUCGUGGCUUCUACCUUGCCACCUCUGUCAUUUUGCGACUUGCUCCUCUCAUUAUCGAAUUCUCUGUCACUGCACGAUGAAAAUCGCUCUCGUCUUGUCUGUCGUGGUUAUGGCCACCCCGGAAAAAAUAUUGCCCGCCGUGCUUCAAUCGCUCGAACAAACAUCCACCAUAUCUGUGGCCGUGUCCAUUACAGAGCCCAAUUCGACCACGCUAGCCGACCUUAUCAACGCGCAAAAGGGCUCUACCCAGACUACCAACGCGUUUGACUGGGCCAAGUGCAACGACCUCACGAGUGAGUCAGUGUUUCUCUGCGACGACAUGACCAAGGAAGAAAUCGACAGUCUUGCGGCGUUGCCCGACGUCCAAGAGAUCACUACUGUCGCAGACACCUCCACUCCUUGCCCUUCCAAAAUCACCCCGAAACCUUCCACAGCCGGGGCUGACCGUACCACCAACGCGGCUGAUACUACCACCACCGCAGCUGACCCUACCAUCACCGGGACUGACCCUACCAUCACCGGGACUGACCCUACCAUCACCGGGACUGACCCUACAACCACCGGGACUGACCCUAUCACCACCACUCCUUGCCCUUCCAACAUCACCCCGAAACCUUCCACAGCCGGGGCUGACCCUGCCACCAACGCGGCUGAUACUACCACCACCGCAGUUGACUCUACCACCAGCGCGGCUGACACCACCACCACCGCAGCUGGCCCUACCACCAACGCGGCUGACCCUACCAACACCACGGCUGCCGCUACGCUUAGCAUGUGUGAGAACCCUGUAGACGACGUGGAUUACUACGGCAACGACAUCGAUUCCACCCGUCGCUCGAACAGCAACGAUUCUGACCCUACCACCACCGCGGCUGACCCUACCAACACCACGGCUGCCGCUACGCUUAGCAUGUGUGAGAACCCUGUAGACGACGUGGAUUACUACGGCAACGACAUCGAUUCCACCCGUCGCUCGAACAGCAACGAUUGUUGCGACGACUGUGUUAAUACCCCUAACUGCGUUGUGUACGUGUGGACCCCUUGGGAGGGCGGCACGUGCUUCUUGAAGCGGAUCGUUGGCGCGCCUAGUCAUUACAAGGACGCUAAGGCCGCCAAGCUCACUCAGCCUUCAGUUUGA